AUGACGGAAGCAGGCGGCAGUUGCGGUGGCAACGGGGUCGGCGGUGACGACGAGGCCAUCACGCGCUUAGUGGUGAACGUUCCAGAGGCCGAUUGGGCGACGAUCGACUGCUUCAGCAGCUACACGGAGGCGGCAGAGCGGGCCGCGAUGCGGCGUCGCCAUACCAUACCAUCUACCACUCACUCGCCAUACGGAGAGAAGCGUCCCGCGUACAGCUUCCAGGGGGAGGCUUUCUUAGCAGCCUUGGCGUGCGGAAUCGCGCUCGGCUGCCUCGGCGUCAUCAGCGACGCGUGUGCGCGUUGGGUGAGCGCCUUCCGCAGUGGGAUUUGCGCGAACUUUUUCUGGCUGGAUCGCAGCCUGUGUUGCGUCGACAGCAACGAGUGCGAUGAGUACUACUCCUGGGGCGAAUUCUUUCUCGGCCGCGACAACCACGUCGUCGCGUUUGUUGACUUCGUCAUGUAUGUCGGCUUCUCCACCCUGGCGGCAGUCACGGCGGCGUACCUGUGCAAGACCUACGCCCCCUAUGCCUCUGGCGGUGGCAUUGCGGAGGUGAAGACGAUCGUGUCGGGCUACCACGUCAAGCGGUACCUUGGUGGCUGGACACUCAUCACGAAGGUCGUGGCCAUGUGCUUUUCUACAGGGUCCGGCUUGACGGUGGGGAAGGAGGGCCCCUUUGUCCACAUCGGCGCCUGCGUCGGCGGCAUCAUCUCCGGAGCCUUUCCGAGCUAUCAGCAGGAGACCAAAGAGCGCGAACUCAUUACCGCCGGCGCGGGCGGUGGCAUGGCCGUCGCCUUUGGUGCCCCCGUCGGCGGCGUCAUUUUCGCCUUGGAGGAUGUCUCCACAUCGUACAACUUCAAGGCCCUCAUGGCUGCACUCAUCUGCGGCGUGACGGCGGUGCUUUUCCAGUCACGCGUGGAUCUCUGGCACACCGGCUGCAUUGUGCAGUUCAGCAUCAACUACCGGCACAACUGGCACUUCUUUGAGCUCCCCAUGUUUGCGGUGAUCGGGUGCUUUGGCGGGUUCAUGGGGUCCACCUUCAGCGUUAUCAAUCUGCACAUCUGCCGGUGGCGCAAGAAGCAUGUGAAGCAGUGGCGACUCGCCGAGGUGACUGUCGUGGCUGCCAUCACUGGUGUCGUGAACUUCUUGACGCCAUACAGCUCCGGUGGCAUGCUGGAGCUGCUCGGCGACUGCUUCCAGGACUGCACUCCAGAUUCCAGCAUCGAGAUGUGUGAGGGCAGCGACGUGCGCGCCUUUUUCUCCCUUCUCGUCACCGCCACGGCGAAGUUUGCCAUGUUCACGUACACCGUUGGCACAUUCCUGCCCGCCGGCAUCCUUGUGCCGUCACUCACGAUCGGCGCUCUGUACGGCCGCGCUUUCGGUAUGAUGUUUCGCUCGCUGCAGGAAACCUACGCAGGCUCGUAUAUCUUCACGGAGUGCUACCACCAGGACCUGUGCGUCAUCCCUGGCGUGUACGCGAUUGUAGGCGCGGCUGCUAUGCUGACCGGCGUCACCCACAUGACCAUCUGCCUAGCGAUUAUCAUGUUCGAGCUCACAGGCUCGCUAGAGUACAUGGUUCCCAUCAUUGUAGGGAUCCUCUGCGCCAAAGCGGCUGGCGAGGCGGUCGGGGUGAAGGGCACGUACGAGAUCGUCAUCGAGGAGAACAAGUUGCCCUACCUCGACCCAAAGAAAGAGUUCUACCUUGACUUCUCUGCCAAGGACGUCUACAAGAACAAACAGUUCACCGUCCUGACAGCGUACGGACUGCAGGUGCGCGACAUCAACGAGCUCGUCACAAGGAUGAACGUUACCGGCUUCCCGGUGGUCGAGUCGGCCAGUGACACGACGCUGCUCGGCUACGCGCCUACAAAGAAGAUGAUGCGGGCGAUUCAGGUGGCUGCGGUGCGCAACAGAGACGUGAGCCUAAGCACGUACAUUCGCUUCAAGACAGCACCGUCCAACUCGCAAGACCCAAACUUUCUUGAGGUGAACCUAACGAACGUCCUAGAGAGCUGCCUGCUGCAGGUGGAGCCGGAGUGCUCCGUGAAGAAGCUGCUGUACCUCUUCAAGUCCCUCGGCACCCACCACAUCGUCGUCUGCCGCUACGCGAAAUUCGAGGGCUUUAUUAGCAAGAAGGAUUUCAUUAACUUCAUGCGCGUCAAGGAGCGCGAGGAGAACAUGGAGGACGAUGAGCUGGAGCGAGAGCGGCGUGAGCUAGCGCGACAGCGGCGUCGUCGCGAAGUGGCAACCGCAGUGAUCGACAGGACGACGACGGCUAGUGCCGUCCGUGCGACUGCCCACCACCGCUGA